AUGAGUUUUCGAGACCAGAUACCAGAGGUUCUCCAGCCUGCAAAACUGGUGGAGAUGUACGAGGAGUUUGUCACCAAAAAUGCUAGCUCAGUUGGCCAGGUUGAGUCGGCAUUGCGAUCCUUAACAUAUAUCAUACCUGGGCGGUUUAGGGAAGCGGAGCUAGCCUCCGAAUCGAUUCACUCGGGCGUCCAGCUACUCUCACUCUACCAUGAUUCUCUUGUGUCGCGCGUUAUAGCUCGUCUCCCCCUUUCCCAGCCGCGGCCCACACCUUCUCCCCAUACCCGAUAUACCAAAUACUGGACCUUUCAAUCACCUCUAUACCACAAAGUUGCUCUAGCGCUACAGAUGGUCAAAUAUACUGAGCUAUUAUGGGAGAUGGCGGCACGCAGGAAGGGCGAGAAACUUCGAUGGCGUGUCGUUGUUUUUAUAGAAGCAGUGAAGGCUCUCUGCAGGUUAAUAUUAUUGCGGUUAACAAACUCUAGGCCUAUUGUCAGCCCGCCACUCCCAGAACGAGAGGUCGAUCCGAGACAAGUAGAAGAGAAUGAUAGCGGUGACUUUAAUGGCAUGGAAACACCACCAAGUGAACCAUCCGAAGCCAUUGAUUUAAUCUGGACAAUGCCUCGGACAGGAAUGGCGUUGCCAAAUCUGCCCGAUGCAAAUGAUAUCUCGGCGUACCUUACAUCUAAAGUUUUAACUGCGGAUGAUGUUCGAUCUCCUCAAACAUUAUUACACCGGAUCUCUGGGAUAGGGCAGCUGGCAGAGAUCUUAUACAUUCUCCGGCCAUUGAUUUACGUAAUCGCACUCCAGAGAUAUAGAGCCAAAAAGAAGAGCUGGACUCCUUGGCUUAUUGGUUUUGGACUAGAAUUUACUUGCCGUCAGCUUGCCAAAAAAGAGUUCCGUGACAGGGUAGCAGGAGGCCUUCGUGGCUUGUCGAAGCUGGAGAGAGAAGAACUCAGCAAGAGAGGUUGGGGCAUGGGCUGGUGGCUUAUGAGAGGUGCCUUCUACGAAAAUGUUACGAAGUCAUGGAUAAAAUCCAUUACAAACUCCUUACGCGAUAAACCCCUACUUGGUCUUGUUGGAAGUGUUAUUGAAGACUACGAAUACCUUUGGGACAACUACUAUUUCUCCACGGCCACGAUGUAA